AUGUUAGAAAAAAAGUUUGCUGACAUUGACAAAAAAUUUGAGAAUGUUUUAAAUAAGAACAAGAGGAAGUUGGAAAAUGCUCAGAUAAAACCCAUACAUGACAAGUUCUUAUUUGCUCAGAAUGGUAUAACAGGUCUAAUUGCACCACCUGGGUCGGGUAAGACUUUCACUUAUCUUAAAAUGGCUGCACAACAACAAGAACUAGAUGAGAAGAACCCAUUCUAUGAGUUAGUAGUCAUUUGUAGUACUUCGGGUCAAUUUGACCAAACCGUCAAUUCGUUCAAAGAUAUUAUAAAAAAGUCAAAACUAGUAUGUAUAAAAGACUCUGAGUUGUUGGAUUGGAUAAAGAAGUACCAAAGAAGAGUUUUGAAGUACAAUGCUAUAAAUGA